GGGAUGGUCUGUCGCGAAAUCUUCUAGCAAAAGAAUGAAUAGUAACAAAGGGGGAUCUUCAGAUGACGAAGGAAUUGAUAGAAUAUGUAACGAUACUCUUAAACCAAUAAUUGACACAUUUGACCUUGUUAUUCAUCUCAAUGAAUCAAUUGAUUCAGAAUCAAGUGAACUUCUUGUAGAUCAUUUGCUUGAACAAGCCACUGUAAGUUUGGAAGAAAAGAACCAUAAAGAAAAGUUGUCUACACUGGCAUUUGUAGAGUUCAAGCAGUUCAUUGCAGUGGCUAGCAACACUGAAGUCAAAUUAUCAACGGAAUGUAAGGAUAUCUUACGUAAAUAUUUCUUAACAUGUCGUAAACUCAAAGGAGCAAGUCAAGGAUUCGCAUCUUCAACUUCUUUACUUGAGUCCCUAUUACGAAUAGCGUGCUGUCACGCCAAGUUGUGUCUUCGUAGUGUUGGAAGCGUAGAUGAUGCAUUAGUUAGUAUAUUAGUGAUUGAGGAAACUUUAGUGGCAAAAUACGGAUCAUCGGCUUCUGUGCUUGGAUUUGUCCCAUUACCAGAUGAUCAAGAGAAUAUACAUAAAUUAUAUGCAAGUGACAUUGAGCCUACGUUCCCUGAUAAUGAAUCUACUUCUACUGAUUAUAGUAGCAUGGAUCAAUCCCAUCAAACGAAUAUCAAUGUGGUAUGUAUAAAUUAGACGUCAAAGAUAUCGUAGGCACCAUAAUUGGACUAUUGGAGGAUUACAAUAACUGUGUAUUAUUUUAUUCAUUUAUUUUUAUUCAUUUAAGUUGGGUGAACCCAAUAAUUUAAGUCUUGAAGAGAGAAUGUUUUGUACAUUAGUACAAAAUAUAUCGAAAACAGACGAUGUUGAAAUGGCAAAAAUGUAUCAACAUUUAACACGCAUUUUGC